AUGGCCGAAUCAGGCGCGGACGCGGAAACAGCGACGUUCGAGUCGUUAGGAAUAUGCAGCCAGCUAGUGGAGGCGUGUCAUACGCUCGGUUGGAAGAACCCCACGCCCAUUCAGUGCGCCGCCAUACCUCCCGCCAUUCAAGGUCGCGACGUGAUCGGGCUAGCGCAGACGGGAUCCGGCAAGACCGCGGCGUUCACCAUCCCCAUUCUCGAGGCCCUCUUAGCGAAACCUGCGCCGCUCUUCGCCUGUAUACUGUCGCCAACACGUGAGUUGGCGAUUCAAAUAGCGGAGCAGUGCGAGGCUCUUGGCAGCAGCAUCGGGCUCAAAUGCGCCGUGAUAGUGGGAGGUGUCGACAUGGUAGCUCAGGCGAUUGCACUGGGGAAGCGGCCACACAUUAUUGUGGGCACGCCGGGUCGACUGGUGGAUCAUCUCAGCAACACCAAGGGCUUCAACCUCCGCACUCUUAAAUACCUCGUGUUGGACGAGGCGGACCGGUUGUUGAACCUGGAGUUUGAGGCGGAGAUAGACGAGAUCCUCAAGGUGGUGCCCAAGGAGCGCCGCACGCUGCUCUUCUCCGCCACCAUGACCAGCAAGGUCGCCAAGCUGCAACGCGCAUGCCUCAAAGACCCUGUUAAGGUGGAGGUGUCAUCCAAGUAUUCCACAGUGGACACGCUACGCCAGCAGUACCUCUUCGUGCCCGCCAAGCACAAGGACUGCUACCUGGUGUACGUGUUGAACGAGCUAGCGGGCAGCACAGCCAUGGUCUUCACGCGCACAUGCGACGCCACACGUCGCGUUGCCCUGCUACUCCGCAACCUCGGCUUCCCAGCCAUUCCCAUCAGUGGCCAGAUGAGCCAGCCAAAGCGACUGGGAGCGCUGAACAAGUUCAAGAGCGGUGACAGGAGCAUUCUCAUCUGCACGGACGUGGCCAGCAGAGGGCUUGACAUCCCCUCCGUGGACAUGGUUGUUAACUACGACAUCCCCACCAACUCCAAGGACUACAUUCACAGGGUGGGGAGGACAGCGAGGGCGGGGCGGUCGGGGCGGGCCAUCACCAUAGUCACACAGUACGACGUGGAGCUCUUCCAACGCAUCGAGCAGCUCAUUGGCAAGAAGAUGGAGGGGUUUCCAGCAGAGGCAGAAGAGGCACUGGUGCUGCUGGAGAGAGUCAGUGAGGCGCAGAGGCUUGCCACCAUGACCAUUCGGGACAAGGAUGCCAACAGGAAGGGCGGCAAGAGACGGACCAGGGAUGAUGACGAGGAAGGGGGAGGGGGGGGCGGCAGCAUGAUGAGACAGCUGGGGAUAGGUGGCAGAGGUGGGGGCCGGGGAGGUGGCCGGGGAGGGGGUGGGCGUGGUGGUGGUAAGAGGAUGAAGAGGUGA